UAUAUUGUGUCUGUUUCUCUUUUUUUUAGUGCUGAUGAAAAUAAGGACAAGCUGCAUGUGAUGGUUGCAUUUAUAGCUCAAGUGAUUGGAUUAGGCGUCUGAAACAACACACACUUUCCUGUUGAGUGAUACAGAGGGGAAUCCAGGUUUGCAUCAUUCACAUCUACAGUGACGAUGGCGUGGACGUUGGUUCUCAGUAACCUGGUGUUAGCCGUCUUCGGAUUCACGUUGAUCACAGGUCUUCCCGCCAACAUCUUGGCUUUCUACACCUUCUUUAAUAAGGUCCACCAGCGCUCCACCCCGAUGGACGUGCUGUUACUCAGUUUAACCAUCUCUGACCUGAUCUUCCUCUUCUUCCUGCCGUUUCGCAUGGUGGAGGCGGCCAACAUGAAAUGGACUCUUCCUUACUUCCUCUGCCCUCUGACAGGAUUCAUCUUCUACUCCACCAUCUACAACAGCACCUUCCACCUGACGGCCAUCAGCGUGGAGCGCUACCUGGGAGUGGCGUUCCCCAUUAAAUACAAGCUCAAACGCGACCCUCGAAACGCCGUGAUAGCCAGCGUCAUAUUCUGGGUGAUGUCAAUGGGACACUGCAGUAUCGUCUACAUCAUACAAUACUACAAUAGUACGAAUGUUAACUACACCGCACCAUAUAUGCGUAACACAUGUUAUGAAGAAUUUAGCAGAGAACAGCUCGAUAUCCUCUUGCCGUUUCGUCUGGAGCUUUUCAUCGUGCUCUUCCUCAUGCCGUUCCUCAUCUGCUGCUUCUGCUACAUCAAAUUCAUCCUCAUCCUCUCCAAUCUGCCCAGCAUCAAUGCCAAGAAGCGGUAUAGAGCCAUCGGGAUGGCGUUGGGCACGCUUCUUGUCUUCAUUAUCUGCUUCUUGCCCUACAACGUCUCGCACGUGGUCGGAUAUGUACAGAAUAAAAGCCCCGACUGGCGAGUUCAAGCGCUGCUCCCCAGCACGUUCAAUGCAUGCCUCGAUCCGUUCAUAUUCUACUUCUCUUCUUCGGCACUCAGAGAAACGUUCAGGAACAUCUUGCAGAAGUUGUCGAGGAAGUUUCUCCAGCCCUGCUGUCGCUCAGCUCUCUGUUGUCAUCUGUUGGACUGUUCGAGUACAGAGGAGAAAACUCAGAGCACGACUGAAAGCUCUGUGGAACAGCACAAACUAGGACGUAGAGUCUGAUUCGAUUGACCUGUGACUCUGCUGUGGAAGAGAGCUUUCUUCUGACCACAGUUGAGCAAUGUCAGCACAUGCUGAUCAAUCCAAAGCAAUUGAACACGAUUCUGAUGCACAUCUCAAUGGACCUGUAUAAUGGACAACUAUUACUAUAGAGGUUUUUCCAUUCAUUUUUCUUAUAGGGAUCUUUGUUAAAGCACUAUAAGCAGUGAACCAAACCAACCCAAGGUGAACCAUAACAUUACAAAGUAUUAAAAAAUUGAAAGUUUUAACAACUUUACUGAGGGAGAACUACAGUCCCAAGAAGCAUUGCAAAUUACAUCAAUAAAUAACGACUUAGAAAUAUAAUAUUGAAACAGUAUGUUUAAUAUUUAUUGCAAAAUAUGCACAUGUUUAGUAUUUUAAUAGGAUAGCAAGUGUUUCAUGAGUGGGGAUUCCCUGCAAGCUAUUUUGUUUUGAUCUCUUAUUGAUGGAAAUUUCUGUAGAGCAUCAUGGGUAAUGUAUUUUAUUUUAUUUUUAGUUACCAUGAAUUCAGCUGUUUAACCCAUUUAUUUGUGUGAAUGUAUGGUUUCAACCAUUGAUUAAUAACCUUAGAUCCCACAGUAGGUCUUCCUUUUAAAGUUUAUUUUUAAAAACCAAUUUUCUCAUGGAGGAAUUUUACUUCUGGAACCCAACUAUUGCACUCUAUUGACUUGAGUCUAUAACUUGUAUUAUAAUAUUACUUUUGCUUCUAUUGAGGUUCGGCGUGCCCUCAGCAGGCACGCUUUUGAUGCACUUUCUGAUAUCGAUCCGAAUGGAAAAUACUCAAGCAGGUUUAUUGAGUGUUUUCUGUCAGGAUCAGUAUAAUUAUCAGGUUAAUGCACCUUCGGGGAGCUUAUGCUCUCUUUGAACUGGGCAUUCAGUGUGAAGGGUGUAAUUUGUGCAGCACUAGCGGCACCAAAUAAAAUAAUGACAUUUCUAAAAUUCACACCAUUGUUUGAUCUGAUGUUAUAUCCUGCCCAUUUGGGCCACUCAAACAAGCAGAUGUGUAAACCAGCUGAAUGUUUUUACAUUUCACUAUUAUUAUCAUUUUUUCGGUUCUGCAUAAAUAAACUAUAAACUAUGCAUAAAUAAACUUCACUGCAUAAAUAAAUGAAAUACAUUUUAUUAACUUUUUUUUAAUAAUAUUUAAGUACUUCUGCUAACAUAAUGCAUUUUUUUUCUUUAAAAUUGUAUUGAUUAUAGAUUGUUUUCCCUUAAUGUUUGUACCAUGAAUUAUGUUUAAUAAGGUUAUUUUUUUUGCAUGUAAAUAUGUAAUAAUUAAAUUGUUUAUAAUUUUCUGCAUGAGCAAAAUAAGCUUAUUUGGAGCCGCAGUAUAGGCACUUUUCCCCUCAUAGUUAUAAAACGGCUUGAUGUGCAAUUUUCUACUGAAUAAAAAUAUGCAAUAAGUAAUAUAACUGAGCUUGUUUUAAUUGUACACAUAUAAUACAUGUGCUCUGAGUAUUACAUCUGAGUUUCUGUAUUACAUUAAUGGUGCUAUAAGCAAUGUUAGCCAGAUUCUGACUACCACCAAUCCUAAACCCUCCAGAGACAUGUAGGCAAUCCUGAACAUGACUGACAGACAGAAAGUGCAUCAAAGUCCUCUGAUCAACUAAACCAGGGAUCUCCAACCCUGUUCCUGGAGAACUACCAUCCUGCAGACCUCCGCAUAAAUGUUACAUCACCGACAUCUAUUUGCUUUCUCCAUGCUAUUUUAGAAGAAAAUCCUUACAGUACCUUUAAUCAAGAU